AUGCCGAAGAACUACCAGCAUGUUCUCUCUUUGGUAUUUACUGUGAAGGAGAUCAAUGAGAAUCCCAAGAUCCUACCAAAUGUGAGCUUCGGGUUCCAAAUCUAUGACAGCUUCUUAAAUGCAAAAAUGACCCAACAGAACACACUGAAACUUCUCUCCAUGUGGGAAAAGAUUACCCCCAAUUUCAAAUGUGACAAACAAAAGAAUCUGAUAGCUGUUAUUGGGGGACUUAACUCUGAAACCUCACUUCACAUGGCUACUAUCUUAGGCAUCUAUAAGAUUCCACAGAUCGCUAAUUGUGUAUUUGCUCCAGUGAUGAAUGUUAAAACUCAGCUCCCUUCCUUUUAUCGGAUGGUCCCCAAUGAGGCAUACCAAUAUGCAGGGAUUGUCCAUCUACUUAUGCAUUUCAAAUGGACAUGGAUUGGGAUCCUUGCAGCAGAUGAUGAUAAUGGCAACAAGUUUAUGCAGACCUUGAUACCAAAGCUUGCACAGCAUGGGAUCUGUACAGCCCUCAGUGAAAAAACACCUGACAUAUCUCAAGCUAUAGAUAAUUUGAGUUCAUUCAAAUUCAUCCUGUCCAAGGCUGUUUCGCUAACCAUGUCAAAAGUCAAAAUACUAAUUGUAAAUGCUGAAUUUCAGACUAUGACAUGUUUGAUGUGGAUGAUAUAUUUCUAUGGAUUAGUAGAAGAUGUUAGAGAGACUUCUAUAGGUAAAGUGUGGAUUAUGACAGCCCAGUGGGAGUUCUCAUCAGAGACAUUGCAUCGAGCUUUUAAUAACCAUGUCUUCCAUGGUGCCUUGUCAUUUGCAAUCCAUUCAAAUGAAGUGCUGGGGUUUAGGGAAUUCCUUCUGGUCCUCCAUAGGAACUCACAAAAAGGAGAUGAUUUUCUCAGGAUCUUCUGGGAAGAGGCAUUCAACUGCUCAUUUUCUGAUUCCAAUGUGGACAAGCACACUAAUGGUACUUGCACUGGGCAAGAGAAGGUUGAAAGCCUCCCUGGGGCUCUUUUUGAAAUGAGCAUGACUGGCCAAAGCUAUAGCAUCUACAAUGCGGUCCAAGCAAUAGCACAUGUGUUGCAUAAGAUGAAUACAUCCAAGCUGAAAUUCAGAGGAAUAUUCAACACAGGUAGAAUGGAUCCUCCACAUUUAAAACCUUGGCAGCUUAACCCUUUCCUGAGGAGUAUCUCAUUUAACAACACUGCUGGUGACACAGUGUCUUUUGACGAGAAUGGUGAAUUAGCAGCUGGAUUUGAUAUAAUAAACUGGGUUACUUUCCCAAAUCAAUCCUUCUUACGAGUGAAAGUAGGAAGGCUGGAACCUCAGGCUUCACCAGGCCAGAAGUUCAGCAUGAAUGAGGAGAGCAUCACAUGGCACAGUAUGUUUGAUCAGAUGUUGCCUCUAGCAGUAUGUAAUGACAACUGCCACCCAGGUUACAGGAGGAAAAAGAAGGAGGGGGCACCAUUCUGUUGUUAUGAUUGUACUCUGUGUCCAGAGGGGAAGAUUUCAGACUGGAAGGACAUGGAUGAUUGUUACAAAUGCCCAGAAGAUCAAUUUCCAAACAAAGAUCAAAAUCAAUGUCUUCCUAAGCUUCUGAAUUUCCUCUCUUUCUCAGAACCACUGGGGAUUAUUUUAACUUUCUUAGCUGUAUCUUUUUCUCUAAUCACAACUUUGGUGCUAGGAAUUUUCAUUAAGAACCAAAAUACUCCCAUUGUCAAAGCUAACAAUCGAGACCUCACGUUCUCUCUGCUCUUCUCCAUAUUGCUCUGUUUUUACUGUUCUGUACUGUUCAUUGGCCGACCCCAUACAGUGACCUGCUAUUUACGACAAACUGCCUUUGGCAUCAUCUUCUCAGUGGCUGUUUCGUGCAUAUUGGCCAAAACAAUCACUGUGGUUCUGGCUUUCAUGGCCACCAAGCCAGGAUCCAGAAUGAGGAAAUGGGUGGGGAAAAAACUCACAAAUGUUAUUCUUCUUAGUUGCUCUAUUAUUCAAGUGAGUAUUUGCGCUGUAUGGCUAUGCACAGCUCCUCCAUUCCCAGAUGUUGACAUGUACUCUUUGGCUGAAGAAAUUGUAGUGGAAUGCAAUGAAGGGUCUGUCUUUAUGUUUUAUUGUGUCCUGGGUUAUCUGGGUCUCCUGGCCAUUGUUAGCUUCACUGUGGCUUUCCAGGCCAGGAAAUUGCCAGACAGUUUCAAUGAAGCCAGAUUCAUUACUUUCAGCAUGUUAAUGUUUUGCAGUGUUUGGUUGUCUUUUGUUCCAUCUUACCUGAGCACUAAAGGAAAGCACAUGGUGGCUGUAGAGAUCUUUUCCAUCUUGGCCUCCAGUGCUGGGUUACUAGGUUGCAUAUUUUUCCCAAAAUGUUACAUAAUUAUCCUGAGGCCUGAUUUGAAUAGCAAGCAUCAUCUAAUUAGGAGAAAUUAG